CCCACUUCCUAUUCGAGAAACCACAAUCACUGAACUCAGAGAAACCCAUCCAUACACAAAUUUCUAUAAGCAGAUUAGUGAUGGAGAUUCUAUCUAUCAAACACCUCAACUUUUCCUUAAUUCUCCUGUUAUCAUGAAGAACCUAAUCAUCAAGUACAUUUGUACAGUAAAUUUCAUCAAACCAGUCCCCUCUACCUUUCCCUGUUCCUGCACAUCGUAGCUCAAUUCGUGGUCAGUGAUUCGCAAUUGAAUGUAAUCUUGAUUGGGAUGACUCUUUCAAAUCACAUAAAGAGAUCUAAAUCCCUGUAGUAUCUUGACCAGUUACUUAUCACCAAUGUAGUAGAAUUUUCAUGUGGAUUUUUUACUGCAAAAUGCAACACAAGAGUUACUGAUACAAGGCAUUCAUCAUUUAGAGAGCCAAGAAUCAUAAACACCUUUGUUCCUAUUGUUGGAUGUCUAGUUCGUACACAUCUUUCCUUUGUUUGGAUUGUAAACUGGGGAGUGUGGAUUUCACUCCCCUUAUUAUUUGAUCGAUGUGGAUUGCAAGCCUUCGCUACUAAAUUUUGACUUGUUAGCUAGCCUUGUCAAAUUGUGACUUUGCAAGUCUUCCAAUCAACAAGUAUGCAAUAACGUGACUGUAAACUGUUACCAACAAACCAUCACUCCCACUCCUCUUUACCUUUCCUUCCUUGUUCAUAUUGUCACCCUACUCGUGUCCGGUUAUUCGUUGCCUUCCGGUAGAAAAUAUCACAGUCCAUGCCAUUGUGGCUAUUCCAACCUCAUACAAGAUCUCUAUAGUAAAAGAAACAUGGACGGGAGAUAUCAACUUUGAAUUUUCACCCUUUGGUGACACCUUAGAAUUAAGCACCAGCUUCCUCCUCCACAACUAGCCUAAUACCAUACACAACUUGCUGGUUAUCUCAUUUCGAAUUUAAAUACAUAUUUCCCUGUGCCGGCCGAUAGUUCACCCAGCUUCAUACCCAAACUUCAAGCGCUCCAAAGCUUUCUUCUCUGUCAAAGUUCGCUCCGUAUACUCUUCCAAGGGUCUUCUUCUAGGGAGCAAAGCUGUGGGGUUAAAAAAUCCGUCCAAGGGUUGACCGGGACAAUCCUCUCCUACAUCGAUCCGGGUGGGAGAUGAUCAACAAGCAACAUUGUUAACAAGAUGAAGCCAUGAAGCAAUCUUAAUUUGUAGCAGAAUCAUAGAUCUAUAGAAGGGUACGUGAAUAAUAUUAUGUAGUAAAUACGUGUAGUACAUUCUAUCAGUAACAUUUCAAUUCAAUCUCUAUUUUUUUCCAUCAAUUGGUAAGUUAGUGAUUUUGAACUCAUAAAAUUGUGAAAGUCUUGUGCGUCUUUGUUGAAAUAUUCCAAUAUUCCAAGCUGUGUAAAUUCCAAUAUAGCUUCCUCCCAUUUAUGUUUGAUAAUGACUCGGGUCGUUUUUUAAAUGAAAGACUUUACAAGUCAUCGGCGCCAGUAUGUGUAGAAUUUGCUCAAUCUGCAGACCUCACACGAAAAACAUCAAUUUGCAGAGAAUAGUCUAGCAAGCUCGAUCAACACGCAUAAAGUAAAGGAAGACAGAUUCGUCAACCCCAUUGCUUUCAUAGUCUAGCAAAUCUUUGAUGAUCAUGCCCCACUCUUGCUACUCAAGAAAUUACAAUCAGUGGAAUCAGAGAAACCCAACCAUACACAGAUUUCUAGCAUGAAGAACCUAACCAACAAAUACCUUUGUACAGUAAAUUCCAUGAAACCCAUUAUUGGUCCUCUCUACCUUUCCCUGUUUCUGCACAUCAUCUCCCAACUCGUGGCCAGUGAUUCGCAACAUAUCUACACUCCGGUUGAAGAUAUCACUAUUGCCUGUGGCGAUUUCGGCACCCAAAUCAGUAAGUUUGAUAACCGAACUUGGAGCGGAGAUAUCAACUCAGAAAUCUUCCCCUUCGAACAAGACCAAGUUGGUAACAAUACAUCCCAAGUCAGAAAAGCACCAUCGUCGUCCUUCACAGGCAGAGUGCCGUACACCACCGCGAGGGUUUCUCACUCCAAACUCACUUACAGAUUUUCGUUAACUACGGGCCUGAAGUUCAUACGCUUGUAUUUCUACCAUGCUUCAUAUGCUGAUUUUGACCGCUCCAAAGCCCUGUUUUCCGUCGAAGCCGGCGGCUAUACCCUUUUCCAAGACUUCAAUGCUUCAGCCACUGUGGAUGCUUCUGGGGUGGAGACGAUAUAUAGAGAGUUCUGCUUGAACAUUAAUGAUGGGGAUCAGAGUCUAAACAUCACAUUCACUCCAAGCAAAGCCAAGCAGGCAUACGCCUUUAUCAAUGGAAUCGAAAUUGUGUCCAUGCCGACCUAUCUUUACUACACUGCACCUCAGAGCAAUGCGCCUUAUUAUAUAGGCGGGGGAGACAGAUUUCCUAUUGAGGAGAACACUGUUAUGGAGAUGGUUUACCGAAUCAACAUCGGUGGCAGCUCAGUCUCAUCCAAUCAAGAUACUGGAAUGUAUCGCAAUUGGGAUGGUGAGGAUGAGACCUACUUGGAUGAAUCAAUUAGAAAUCUAACUGUUUCACCGUCCAACCCAAGCAUUCAACUCAAGUUUGCCAGAAUACCUGAAUACAGUGCGCCGAAAGAAGUUUACCAAACAGGCCGCUUAAUUGACAAGAACAAGACAAACAACAAGAGCUACAAUCUCACCUGGGAAUUUCCUGUAGAUUCUAACCAUCCCUACCUGGUUAGGCUGCAUUUUUGUGAGCUUGAGCCCGAAAUUACCAAGAUUGGAGGGCGGACUUUUCUAAUUUACAUAGAUAAUCAAGCCACAGAUGAACCAGAGAUAGUCGAAUGGAGUGGUGGAAAUGGGAUACCAGUAUACAGAGACUACGUGGUGGUUUUGUCCAACCCAGAAAGGCAAAAGAAGGCAAGUCUUUUUAUCACACUGCAAGCAUUCCAACUGGAUUGGAUGAUUCAAUACAACAAUGCAAUCUUGAAUGGGCUUGAAAUCUUGAAACUGAUCGGCUCAAAAGGCCCUCAAGCCGGAAGCAGCACCAACCCAAAGGUGACACCGCUAAGCCCAAGAACUUCAAAGAGUUCAAGUCCUGUGCUUGCCAUCGCUGCUGGUGUAGUUUCCAGCAUAGUAGUAUUCUCUGCCCUUGGAUUCUUGAUUUUUAGGCAAAGAUGGAAAGACAAGGAGUCUGGCUCCAGCCACAGGACAAUGAAAUUAACAAUGACCCCCAGCUCUUCACCAUCUUAUAUGUGUCGUUACUUCUCACUGGCAGAGAUCAAAGCCGCCACCAAGAACUUCAAUCAUAAUUCCAUUAUUGGUGUUGGAGGAUUCGGCAAUGUGUACAAAGGAUGCAUUGAUGGUGGAGCGAAAGUCGUUGCAAUUAAACGACUGAAACCUGAAUCAUCCCAGGGUGCCGACGAGUUCAAGACAGAAAUUGAGUUGCUCUCCCAACUUCGUCAUCGCCAUUUGGUUUCACUCAUUGGAUACUGUACUGAUAAAGGUGAGAUGAUCUUGGUAUAUGAUUACAUGGCCCGUGGAUCCCUACGUGAUCAUCUCUACCACACCAAUAACUCAACUCUUUCUUGGGAACAACGGCUUCAGAUUUGUAUUGGCACGGCUCAAGGGCUGCAGUACCUUCAUGGCGGUGCCAAGGGAACCAUCAUUCACCGUGACGUGAAGAGCACAAACAUCUUAUUGGAUGAGAAAUGGGUGGCCAAGGUUUCAGAUUUUGGGUUGUCAAAAAUGGGGAGCCCCAACAUGUCCAAGACCCACAUAAGCACGGUAGUGAAGGGCAGCUUUGGGUAUCUAGACCCAGAAUACUACCGCCGACAAAGAUUAACUGAGAAGUCCGAUGUGUAUUCAUUUGGUGUGGUUUUGUUUGAGGUACUAUGUGCAAGGCCGGCUGUGAUAACAGAGGAGAUGAGGCAAAUGAACUUAUCUGAGUGGGCCAAAAGCUGUCAUCACAAGGGGGAACUUGAUCAAAUCAUCGACCCAAGCUUAACAGGAAAGAUUGCAACCGAGAGCUUGAAUAAAUUUGUUGAGAUUGCAAUGAGCUGUGUGCAUGAAAAUGGUGUUGAAAGGCCGUCGAUGGAUGAUGUUCUUAGGGGGCUUGUGUUUGCGUUGCAGAUUCAUCAUAGCCCAGAGAAGGAUAUCAACUCCAUUGAAAGGAAGGUAGAAACUGAAUCAAGUAGGGGAGAACCAAGUUGUGCGACCAAAGAUUCCAUUACAUGUAUAUCUGGGACAAUCUUCUCUGAGAUCAACAAUCCAAGUGGGAGAAAUGACAUGCCAUACAUAUCUAGAAGUAGCUUUCCUCUGAAAACCUCUCCCUCUUUUUUCUUGCUAUUUACGAUGAAACCAAUUCUCACUCUACUCUACCUUUUCCUGUUUGUGUAUGUUGUCACCCUCUUGGUGGCCGGAGAUUUGCCAGCUACGUACAUUCCGGUGGAAAAUAUCACCCUUGCUUGUGGCACUAACGGGACUGUCACUGGCGCUUAUGGCACUUAUAAUUCAAGAAAUUGGAGUGGAGAUAUCAAUUCAAAAUUCUCGCCCAUUGGUAACAGCACCCAAGUCAUAAGUACUUCGUUGUGGUCGUUUCGCAACGAAACAGCGCGGCUUUCUUACUCGGAAUUUACUUACAGAUUCAAUCUAACUGCCGGGCAAAAGUUCAUUCGCUUGUACUUCGACGACCUAUAUUACUACACCAACAACUCCAACGCUCUCUUCUCUGUAAAAGCCGGUGACUUUACCCUUCUUGACAACUUCAAUGCUAGCACGUAUUACACAGAAUUCUGUUUGAACGUUGACGAAGAACAGAGUCUAAAGACUUUCAACAUCACAUUCAGUCCAAGCAAAGAUGCCUACGCGCUUAUCACAGCUAUUGAAAUCGUGUCGAUGCCAACCAGUCUUUACUACUCUGCACCCGAAAGCGAUGGGUUUCAGUACGUCGGAGGCAGCCAACUCAGGUAUCGCAUCGAAAACAGCACGGCUCUGCAGACGCUCUACAGACUAAACAUUGGCGACCCGGACCAAGACUCUGUAACCCAAAACAUUGGCGUCCAAUCCGAUGAAGACAUGUACCGCCAGUGGAAUUCUCACGAUGUUCGAUACUUGGAUGGUUUAAGUGAAACAAUCAGCGUGGAAUCAUACAACUCUACAAUCAUACAGCUCAAAUUUGUUAAAAUUCCUCAGUACUCAGCACCAGCAUAUGUUUACCUUACAGGCCGGUCCCUCGGGUUGACGAACUACAAUCUCACCUGGAGAUUUCCGGUAGAUUCUUCAUUUCAUUACCUUGUGAGGCUGCAUUUCUGUGAGUUUGAACCAAGUUUUACCCAGUCCGGGGACAGAAAGUUUCAAAUCAACAUAGACAACCAAACAGUGGAAGAAGGAGCGGACAUAAUCCAAUGGAGUGGUGGAACUGGGAUUCCAGUUUACAGAGACUACGUUGUGUACAUGUCUAGCCCUGAAAAUGAAAAGAGUGUAGAUCUCUCUCUCACUCUUGCAGCAGAUGAGAAGAGCUCAUAUAGUGAGGCAAUCCUGAAUGGGCUCGAAAUCUUCAAACUCCUUGACUCGAAUGUCUCAUAUGACGCCCCACGCAAUCCUGAUUCACCGCAAGUGAGAAGACCAAAAAAGUCGAGUGAGUCAACUCCUAUAGUUGCCAUUGUUGCUGGUGUAAUGUCCAGCAUAAUUGUGUUCUCAGUGAUCGGAUUCUUGGUCUUCAGGCGAGGAUGGAAAGCUAAGGACUCAAGAUCCAGCCAUAGGACAAAGAAGUCAAUGAAGGUCUAUAAGUCAUCUUUACCGACUUAUUUCUGUCGUCAUUUUCCACUGCCAGAGAUCAAAGUCGCCACUGAAAACUUCAAUGCUACUUCUAUUAUUGGAGUUGGAGGAUUUGGCAAUGUCUACAAAGGACGGGUUGAUGGCGAGGCAACCCUUGUCGCAGUCAAGAGGCUGAACCCGGAUUCAUCACAGGGUGCCCAUGAGUUUAAAACGGAAAUUGAAUUGCUCUCCCAAAUCCGUCAUCGCCAUUUGGUGUCUUUGAUUGGAUAUUGUAAUGAUAAAGGUGAGAUGAUCUUAGUGUAUGAUUACAUGGCACGUGGGACACUCAGGGACCAUCUCUACAACACUGACAACCCACCUCUUCCUUGGAAAGAACGGCUACAGAUUUGUAUUGGCGCAGCACGAGGGUUGCAGUACCUUCAUAGUGGUGCCAGGGGCACCAUCAUUCACCGUGACGUGAAGAGCACUAACAUCUUAUUGGAUGAAAACUGGGUGGCCAAGGUUUCAGAUUUUGGGCUGUCAAAAGGCACGAAUGACAUGUCCAAAACCCACAUCAGCACUCUGGUGAAAGGCAGUUUCGGGUAUCUGGACCCAGAAUACUUCCGAACACAACAUCUGACUCCUCAAUCAGACGUCUACUCAUUCGGUGUAGUGUUGUGUGAAGUAUUGUGUGCGAGGCCAGCUGUGAUACAUACGGAGGAAAUUAGGCAAGCAAGCCUGGCUGAGUGGGUCAAGAGCUGUCAUCAAAAUGGGGAAAUUGAUCAAAUCAUUGAUCCAAUUUUGAGAGGUAACAUCACAGCCGAGUGCCUGAAUAAGUUUACUGAGGUAGCUAUCAGUUGCAUGCAUGAUAAUGGAACAGAACGGCCGUCCAUGACUGAUGUUGUUAGGGGGCUUGAGCUUGCCUUGCAGCUUCAGCAGAGUGCAGAAGGGAAUAUCAACUGCAUUGAAAGGAAUGUCGAAACUGAAACAAGCAGUAGUGAGAAAAGUUGUGCCACCAACGAUUCCAUUAAAUGCAUAUCCGCGACAAUCUUCUCUGAGAUUAACAACCCAAGUGGGAGAUGAUGAGCAUCAAUUCAAAGCAAUGAGAGCAAUCUGGACAGAAUCAUACCAGGCAAGUAUUAUCACAUUAAGUAUUUCAACUGGAUUUGCUAGGAAAAACAAUAGAAUGCAAAAUUACUUGCAGUCCCAGCACAUUACACUUGAUUCUAUAUCCCUAUGGUAGUCCUAGCAUUACUUUUCAUCAAUGUACUAUAUAGUUUAUGAAGCUUAUUACUGUUGAAUGCAACAGAAGAGUUGCUCAUGAUAAAAGAAAGUCAUCAUUUGGAAUGUAAAGAAUGAUAAUACAUUUGUGAUGACAUGACUCU